GUGCGGCUCUCAGCUGCUCAAAUCUCACCCGCCGCCAUGAUGUUGCUACAAACCAUAUCGACGCUCUCCCUUCUCGUCGCCUCGGCCAUCGCUGCACCGCAAAAAGCCCCUGCGACAUUCGACGUCAUGGCUCUUCGGUCUGCCAGCCCUAUCCACUUUGCUCAAGUCAGUGCCGCAAAGGGCGGUCUGUUUCUCAACCUGCCUCAUUCGAAUGCCACGUGCGAGGGCAAAUCCAGCGGCCACGCGACCUUGUACAUUGAGGGCGAGGAGCUAGUCUUGUACUCUUGCAAGGGGGAGAAGCAAAAGGUCUUUGUAGAUCGAUCUGGCAUGGGGCAGGGCGUCGUACGCUACGUUACAGGGGAGCAAGCCCUCCCACGAUAUGCCGAGCUCAAGGGCUGGGCCACGGAUAAAAACAAAAAUCUGAAUUUCAAGGGCACGGGCUUCGUUGCUUGCCCGCACAGCAUCGACGACUCGUGGAGCCUCUGGCUGGAUGUGGGACUGGGCCAGCCCGGCGGCAACAAGGGCUGCUUGGGGUUUACGGCACGCGAGUUGGAGAAUAAAAAGCCGGUGGGCUGCAGGUAUACGCAAUGAGACGCUGAUUUGUUAAAUGUUUGAUGUAUGGGACCCUCUUUGGCGGAUGACUGAGACACUUGACCCAUGAUGUGGCACUUAUACCAACGUCAACUCGCCGGGGUUUGGGUCUCACAGCACGGAUUGCAGACUUGUUUCUUCGUAAUUGAUCAUUAAUAUUAGAGCCAAAAAAAAGAACAAACGCGAGCAUUUCUUCAGCCAUAUCAGUUUUUUCCAACACCCGUACUCAUUCCUUGUUGAAAGGGUCGUCCGUGGGGUCCUUAUUCCUAGUAAACUCCGACGCUGCGGCUAUCCAAUCUGCCUUUUCUUCUCCAUAUUGAUCCGCAAUAAAGGCAUACAUCAUGUCGAUGCCUGCCGUUAAUCCCGACGAAGUCCAGACGUUGCCCUCGCAUACCCAGCGUGCACGGCGAGCCCACUUGACAUUUGGGCCUUGAGUUAUCACC